CAGCAUGAGCCUGUGUCAAGAGAGUAUGUCGGAGCAGAGCAGCCGGAUGCCUGAACUGCGGCUCCUCCUCCUGGGGAAAUGUCGCUCAGGAAAAAGUGCCACGGGAAACACCAUUCUGGGCAAAACUGCGUUCAAGUCCAAGUUCAGUGAUCAGAUGGUGACCAAAAAAUGCCAGAGUGAGAGAGGGAUCCUGAAAGGGAGGGAGGUUGUGGUUAUUGACACUCCUGACCUUUUCUCCUCAAUAGCUUGUGCUGAAGACAAGCAACGCAACAUCCAACACUGCUUGGAGCUUUCAGCUCCCAGCCUCCACGUCCUGCUCCUGGUAACUCCUGUUGGCUAUUUCACAAAGGAGGACCAGGAGGUAGUCAAGGGCAUCCAAGAGGUGUUUGGGGUUGAAGCCAGGAGGCACAUUAUUAUUGUUUUCACUCGGAAGGAUGAUUUGGGGGAUGCUUUGCUGCAAGAUUACAUUGAAAACAAUGAGUCUCUCAAGGAGUUGGUUCAGAAUUAUGGGAGCCGAUACUGCCUUUUCAACAACAAGGCAGGUGAAGAUGAGCAGGUCACCCAGGUGUUGGAGCUCUUCCGCAGGAUAGAUCACUUGGUAAAUGAGAACCGAGGACCAUAUUGUGUGAACUUCAAAACUGCAGGCAGCAGAUUUCAGGAGGGUGUACAUGAAACUAAAUCUCAGGAGGGAGACAAUCCAUGUGGACCACAGGAGAGGCAACUGCAGGCCACAGGACCUGAACAGAAUUCAGGAACAUCAGAACUGAAGGUCCUCAUCGUGGGAAAGCGUGGGGUUGGAAAAAGUGCAGCAGGAAACAGCAUUCUGGGGAAGAGGGUCUUUGAGACCAAAUUCAGCGAGGAGUCAGUAACCCAGAACUUUCAGUCUGAGAGCAGAAUAUGGAGAGGGAAGAAAGUUUUGAUCAUUGAUACUCCAGACAUCUCAUCUUCAAAGAACAUUGCAUCAGAGCUUAGAAAACACACCCUUCCAGGCCCUCAUGCCUUCCUGCUGGUGAUGCCAUUGGGUUCUUACACCAGGAAAAAUGAAGCGAUGCUAGACAUCAUACAGAGGCAUUUUGGAGACAAAUUAUUUGAGUACAUGAUCAUUCUCCUUACAAGGAAAGAAGACUUAGGGGAUCAGGAUCUAGAUAUGUUCUUAAACAGAAAUGAAGCUCUCCAUAAGCUCAUCCAGAAAUGUAAGAACAGAUACAGUGCCUUUAACUGCCAGGCAAUGGGAGAGGAGAAGCAAAGGCAGGUGGAUGAACUCCUGCAAAAAAUCAAGAGCAUGGUGCAACAGAAUGGGGAGAAGCCUUGCAUUUUAAGAGAAAAAGAGACCCUGAGCAUUAUACUUGUAGGGAGAAGUGGGACUGGAAAGAGUGCUACCGGGAACACCAUCCUGGGGAGGCCCAUCUUCCUCGCUCAGCUCCAAGCCCAGCCGGUCACCAAGAUGUGCCAGAAUGGCAGGGAGAAUUGGGAUGGGCAGGACGUGGUGGUUGUGGACACUCCUUCCUUCAACCAAAUGCUCGGUGUUGAAAAGGAUCCAUUUCAGUUAGAGGAAGAGGUCAAACGCUGUUUGUCCUACUGUGAAGAAGGAACCAAGAUUUUUGUCCUGGUGUUUCAGCUGGGGCGGUUCACUGAAGAGGACAAAACAGCGGUGUUGAAACUGGAGGCCAUCUUUGGGGCAGGAGUGAUGAAAUAUGCCAUUGUGCUGUUCACCCGGAAGGAAGACCUAGGGACCGGGAAGCUGGAAGACUACAUCAAGAACACAGAUAACAAAGUUCUUAAGAACAUAAUUAAAAAGUGUGGAGGCCGAUUUUGUGCUUUUGACAACAAAGAAACUGGCCAAGCUCGGGAAACCCAGGUGAAAGCGCUUUUGACAAUGGCCAAUGAUCUGAGAGAGAGCCAUGGAGGGUAUGGGUAUCCACAUCCUUGGGUGGAUGUCAGGAAACGAAUUAAAAAUGUUCCGGAAAAGCCCAAACCCCCAAAAUUCCUAAUGAAUUUAACAGGACUGUUACCAUAA